CGUCGCUUGCAGCAGGAAAUUGUCACCAGUGAUAUCAAAACACGAAUAAUCAGUUGUGAUGUUGCCAAUAUUUAAGAUUUGAAAAUUAGUGACUUGAAAGUAUUUGUGAAAACGAUACUCCCCAAUAAUCACCCUUAAGUGUAUCCGCCCAGUGAUUUUAUAACUUGAAAUGCAGCUGUUAGUUAGCCUAGUUAUCAGUCACCUCAUCAAAUAAUCAUCAUCAUGUCAGACUCAAAUGAAACUGAAAUGUGAUGAACAUUAUUAAAUAAUUAAUAAUUAUUAUCGGCAACAUUUUGUAACUAUUUCACUUUCACACUCACGUCACACGAGUCGGUGACUUAUCAGUUAUUUGAUUUAGAUGAGAAGUCUCAUUGACUUCAGUGAGAAGUCCUGUUACUAUUUUAAACUAUUUUUUUUAUUAGUAAGUAUACAGUAUAGUUUUUGGUUUGAAAUUAUGAGAAUUAACUUAUUUAUUAGUAUGUAAAGUUAUUUAUAUUAAUAUUAAAAUUACCAAUACUUUUAAUAGUAUGUUAGAACUUAGUAGUAGUUGCAGAUGUAUUACUAAGCAUAAUUAAAUAAUUAUUGUAAUGUUUUUAUGGUUUUUAUUUUAAAAAAGUAAUAACAUCAUAUAUAAUAUAGAUAGGUGCUUGACAUUGUCUUUGAGAUCUUCUGGGUAUGAUAUUGAUAUAGUCUGAAGGUCUUGGAUGUCGAGGGUUAAUUUUCUUCUUAUUCUUAGGUAUGAAUGUAUUGCUGGUUGAUGACUCAGGGCUGUCUGAGUGGUUAGGUAAUGAUUUGCUGUCAUUAUAUCCAAACCUGGUUCUGAAUCUUCUUCUGCUUCCUACCCAUCUCUGGGACGAAGUUGAUUUAAAUGUCUCUUCCAUAUGGGGCCAUUGUGGUUUAGAGUCUGUUGUUGUUCCAUUGAUAAUGACAUAACUUGGAUCUCCCUUGUUAAAUAAUUCACUAGGACGUCCAUUUGUCCCAUUACGGAUAGAUAUUUCUUUAAGUUGUUGUCCCUGUGCAAGCUGAGCAGGAGAGGGAACUAGAGUAUCAAUAAGAGUUGCCGAUUGUUCAGCAGUGGGCUAGGUGAUAAUCCACUAGACAAUGGUGUCCUACGAUACUGGUGUAGAAAGUCAGUGGUGGUUCUGUCUAUUGAAAUAUUGGGGUUCUUUUUUGCGGUUCUGUCUAUUGAAAUAUUGGGGUUCUUUAUGAUGGUUCAACCCAAUCAAUUUAAUUUGUGAUCUUCUUCUACCACAAUAGACAGGUUUGUUUUACUACCACAAAUGACAGUUAUGAAGAUGAUUCCCUUGUAUCAGUGUUUAUUUCUACACUUCCUAGAACAUUUAGAUGGUUCAUACAUAAUGGAGACUGGACUCAAUGUUCAUUGUCCAAGCCUUUGCCAUACAGUCUCGGAUAAAAAAUUUUCCCCAGCUCCUGUGUCAAUUCCAAAAUUAGUUCCUGAAUGAUUGGUGGGACUGUUUUUAUUUGUUGUUUGCCUUCUUAUUCGUCUAAGGUAACUAGGUUACUGUCUUGGUAGACACACUCUUUCCAGAUGCCCUUUCUUGUGGCAACUGCGGCAUAUCAUGUCUUUAUAUCUGCAAACAUUUCCCUUGUGUCCUUUUCUUCCACAUCUGGCACAAGUUCCAACUGGAAAGUCAUGUCCCUGACAUUUAGAAAAUUGUUCUGCCUGAUGUUGUUGUUUAAAAUUUCUUUAUUGACAGGAAUUUCUUGGUUGGACUGUUUGUUUAGCACAUUUAGCUGGCUCUUCUGUUUCCACUGCUAUUUCGACUGCUUUAUUAAAGGUCAAUUCUGUGGCCUUCAUUCUAAAUAAUAUCUUAAAUACUGCCUCACUUUUUUUACUGAGCACAUAAAUCUGGUCCUCAUUGCUUCAUCUAGUGAGUUGUUUACUGAGCACAUAAAUCUGGUCCUCAUUGCUUGAUCUAGUGAGUUGUUUACUGAGCACAUAAAUCUGGUCCUCAUUGCUUCAUCUAGUGAGUUGUUUACUGAGCACAUAAAUCUGGUCCUCAUUGCUUCAUCUAGUGAGUUGUUUAUUGAGCACAUAAAUCUGGUCCUCAUUGCUUCAUCUAGUGAGUUGUUUACUGAGCACAUAAAUCUGGUCCUCAUUGCUUCAUCUAGUGAGUUGUUUACUGAGCCAAAAUCACAAGUUGCUGCCUCUUGUUGAGUUCAUGCUCCCAAUUCCUUAACUGUCUCUCCUGGCUCUCUAAUUGGGGUCAGACCAGAACUUAAAUCUUUCUCCUAUAACAAAUUUAGCUGGGUCAAACUGGUCCAUCGUCAAUAAAUAAACUUCUUCCAUUGAUAAUUCAUUUAUGUCUUGCAGUUUGUCACUUUGUUUGACCAGUGUUGACAACAUUUUUGGAGUUCCAGUGUUCGGUUUGCAAGAAAAUGUUUGCUUGUUUUUCUUUGGGUAUUGUGUUUGCUAACACAAAAGUUACAUAGUAGUCUGUGGAGGCUUCUUCAUUAUGUUUGAAGUUUGUGAAUUUUGUCUCAUUAGGUCGUGUGUUCCCUGUUGCUUCAUUAGGUGUGUUCCCUGUUGCUUCAUUAGGUGUGUUCCCUGUUGCUUCAUUAGGUGUGUUCCCUGGUGCUUCAUUAGGUGUGUUCCCUGGUGCUUCAUUAGGUGUGUUCCCUGUUGCUUCAUUAGGUGUGUUCCCUGGUGCUUCAUUAGGUGUGUUCCCUGUUGCUUCAUUAGGUGUGUUCCCUGUUGCUUCAUUAGGUGUGUUCCCUGUUGCUUCAUUAGGUGUGUUCCCUGUUGCUUCAUUAGGUGUGUUCCCUGUUGCUUCAUUUUGCUGUAUCAGCAUUUUGAUUAGUUCCAGUGAAUUUUGUCUCAUUAGGUCGUGUGUUCCCUGUUGCUUCAUUUUGCUGUAUCAGCAUUUUGAUUAGUUCCACCUGGGUCAGAGUUGACUCGCCGUUAUGUAUAUACCUUUAGUUACGUGAAGUCCGUGCACCAUUCUAAUACUAGUCGAAUGAUCUCUUUGAAAAGUAGUUACUGCAUACUAUAUUGUACUGGCCACCAAUGUUCCCUCUAAGGUUUGCUGGUUCGUGUGCAAAACUCAAAACUGCUGCGCGGCGUCUGUGAGAUAGCUGUGUGGCCGCAUUGCUGGCCACCAUUUGCUAUGUUUUUAUGGAUUUUAUUUCAAAUCAAACAAUUAAGUAAUAGCAUCCUAUAUAAAUAUUUAAAUAGUAAGUUUUCAAAAUAAGUUCACCCCAUGCUUGUCUUGGGAACACACUGUUCACAGGCCCUGCACAUGCAUGUUGCUCGCCCCGGUUGUCUAUCCGUAUGGUAUAACAAGUAUAUAGUGAUAAAAGAGGAUAGUGUUAAUACGGUAAUAGUAAAUACUAGUAUGUAUUGUAGGCCUAUAUAAUAUACAGUAUAUUUUGCUAUGGUAUAGUUUGUACCUCUGAUCCAGAUUGAUACAUUACACUCUACUUUCUACUUAAUCAUCAUUACUCAUUACUGCUAGAGACUAGAGUGAAGUAUACUGUCGUUGUAAUCUAAGUAGUGGCCUACUAAAUAGUAACUUAAUACAGUAGCAGUCGAUGCUUCAUUUUUCCAAACUGUGACCGGGGAUGAUUUGGAUAACUUAUUCAUGCACCCCAUUUGUUUGAGAAGUUAGUGCAUAGAAUACAACAGAUAUGCUUACCUAAUAAAUUAUAGGUAUACAUGUAUGGUGCUUUAUUUUACAGUGUAUAAAAUCAUACCGCAGGGUUUUGGGUCAGCCGAUGAAUGAAAGAAACUGAUGCCUGCAAUUCUUCCCGUGAAGCGUGGUAGAUUCCAAAAGUGGUAGAUUCCAAAAGUGGUAGAUUCCAAAAGUGGUAGAUUCUAAAAGUAGAUGAGUGAUUCUUGGAAUAAAAUCUGAGAUCACUUUGUCUUUGCAGACGUGUAUCAUGAUGCAAUAUGUGUGAAUUAACAAGUUUGCAGAUCGCAUUACCUCAGUCUGGUCACUACAUGCACAGUACACAUAUAGAUUUGACCUGGAUUCUGUGACAAAGGUCAGAAGUGUUAUCAGGUAUUUGUGCGCCAAUGCUGGAUGCUAUGCGGAUUGCAUAUGAUAGUAAUAAUAAAAAAGACCAGCCAGUUCUUGCAUCCAGAAUUUGAUAUAAUAGACAUUUGACACUCCACUCUUCUAGAAGUUUUCAGCCUAGGUUUUGUAAAUUACUGGGCCUAAAUGGGUAUACUUAAAAUAUUUAAUCAAAUAAGGUCAAACUAUUAUUAAAAGGAAACCUUAGAAAACAAAUUUCCACUGAAUAAAUGUUAAGAACUGUUUUUUGGCCAGAAGCCUUUCAUCUUAAACUAACAACAAAUGGGGCAAAGUAAAAUAAAAAAUGAAAAGUAAAAUGAAAUCAGCUGAUAAAUUAGGAAUUACUGUUUGGUAGAGUAGGAAAGAAGAGCACAAGCUGCAGAUUGCUAGUAAACUAAGAACUCUGGGUAGUCAAAUAAAAGCAAAGGCAGGAUCUGCCAUCUUUGCAAAUAAGAAAGGCGUUCAUUAAAUCUGGAAAUGGUCACCCCAGUUUCACAAAUGUGUGACCAAAGUGAGAUUCAUUAAAUCUGGAAAUGGUCACCCCAGUUUCACAAAUGUGUGACCAAAGUGAGAUUCAUUAAAUCUGGAAAUGGUCACCCCAGUUUCACAAAUGUGUGACCUAAGUUAGAUUCAUUAAAUCUGGAAAUGGUCACCCCAGUUUCACAAAUGUGUGACCUAAGUUAGAUUCAUUAAAUCUGGAAAUGGUUGCCCCAGUUUCACACAUGUAGCCUAAGUCAGACCUUUUGAGUUAAAAAAACUUUAAAAAAUUAAUUAAAUCAUUUGAAUGAUUGACUUGGUAUUGACCAUGAUUUUUAAGAUCAAAAGUCAUCAAGACAAUAACAUCAUGACUGGGAUUAGAUUAAACUGACCACGAUAAAUGUCAAGGCAUGGAAUAAAUGGUAUUAGAUUAAACUGACCAUGAUAAAUGUCAAGGCAUGGAAUAAAUAGUAUUUGAUUGUAUGGUUUGCCAAGGUCAUUUAUUUAAUUGUUUUUGGUAAAUGUCAUAUUUAAUACUAUAAUUAAAAAUUUCUUUUUUAAAAUUUUGUUUGCAGCCGUCACGUUAAACCGAGGAAGCAAUGUCAAACAUAAUACCAAUAGUGUCAUCAUCACCCCCACCGCUUGAUGACAUGGGUGCAGGUUGGGAUGAUGAUAACGAUGAGGAUGAUGAGUUUGGCAACUUUGCCAGCGCUCCAAAUCUAGGGCCCGCAGCAAUCACUAGUGUGUCCAGUUUCGAUGUGAACUGGUCCAAGUCAGAUCUCUCGCUUCCUGAGGAUGAGAUUCAUAAUGAGAAGUCAGAGGAGAGCAGAAGCGAUGAAAACAUCAACAACAGCAUUCCAAGUAAAUCAGCUUUUAAAGAUGAGUGGUUAAAUAAUAAUUCCAAAAGGACAAACUCAGGUGAAGGUAAUGAAUUUCCUGAUUUUGCCCAGUUCAAUGGUGAUAGAGAAACAGAUUGUGAUCAACCGGCCAAACAGGAUUGUGUCACAUCUUCAGCAGAAAUUAACGAACAUUCUGAAAUAGAUGCUCACGUCUUUGCUUGUAAGGAAACAAAUUUUUCUAAUAAACAUCCAAGUUCGGACAGUGUCUCUACAGAUCAUGAUUCCUUUUCUUUUGCCGUUUCGAAAAACAAUGAAUCAGUGUAUAGCACUUCAUCGACUGUUGACUCGGGUGUUUUCAGCACCGAUCUUUCCCCUUCACCCCAUGGCACUUUCACAUCUGACCUGUACCAGAGCACAGAGGCCUCUCACUUAGAAAAACCAGUGGCUAUUUUUAACACUCUUGAAGAUUCACUUUCCGGCGAUCCAUCUGACUACAAUUCAAAGGGCGAUAAAUCACUAGAGGAAUUCAAUUCUGACUCCCUGCAUUCUAGUCCUGAUGGAAAUGUUCCUCCAGCAUUAAGCCAAGCUGUUGAGAGUGAAGACUGGAGCAAUUUCGACACGGCUUUGGGCAGUAAAACGACGUCGGCAUGGGUUGAUGAGAAAGACGCAAAGUCCGUGAACUCUGGGUGCCAAAGAAAUGGAAUGCCCUCCGAGACCGGAGGAAACCCCGCACAUUCCGCACCAGUCACAGACGUAAAAGAGUUCAAGGAUUCCACAAACACUUCCGGGGAAGUGGAAGGCGUUUCCAACUCAAGUUCUGCGCCUUUUGGGGAUUCCACUGGUGAGCGGUCAGAUUUGCAAGCUUCAAGAAUCUGUCGAGAAGAAAUACACGCAGAUCAGUGUCAUGAAAAAAUUUCAUUCCAAUCAGACACCUCGUCGGUGGCUCAGGAAGAUCACACAAACAGUUUAAAUCCGCAGUCUAGUGAUGUUGAUGAGACGAAUGUAGAAAUGGUAAGUGGUUCUAAUGUGAUCUCUCAGGAAAAUGACAGUGCGUGGGGAGAUUUUGAAGACGCUCCUUGCAGUGAUGAAAAUGAAGAUGUGGAGGUCAGUGAACGGCCUUGUAAAGAAUCUCAGGGCCAUGAAGGGGGUGUUGUGUCGGAGAAUGUCAAAUCAUCUCGAAACAUGUCAGAUCUGCAAAUCACAGUAAUACAAAAUGAAAGUGAGACUGAUAAAAUGGCUGAAAGUGAUGAAGCGUUUGUUUCUAAAAAUGUAAGCACUAUAGAUGACUUAUCAUCCACCACUCCAAAUUCCACCCAAGGCAAUGAUGUUGGUCUUUGUAUAGAGAAUGUUGAAUUUAAAGACAAUAGUUUAGCAGACCCGGAUGAGGAGGAUCAAGAGUUUGGUCAUUAUGUUAGUCUCCCCGAUGAGGAGGUACCGCCGAUCACAUUUCGAACCAGUGUCUGUGAAACUGAAGAGCCCGAUGCUGAUUUUGGAUUCGAUCAAGGGAAACCUCCAGCAUUCCAUGAUGAUGACAACGAUGAUGAUGAUUUCGGUGCUUUCGGGGAAGCUGAUUUAGACGAUGAUUGUAAGUUUGGUGAAUUUGAUUCAGCAGCUCGGCCAGCUAAUGAUGUAGCAGCAUCAAGAUUUGAGAAUGAUGAAGAUAAUGAUUUUGGAGAAUUCGGCACAACUGACCAGAAUACAGAAGGAGAGGCAAGCUGGGCAGACUUUGGACAGGCGGCACCUUUGACCGUGGAGAAGGAGCCUUGCGGAUCUGGUGAUGUGGAUGACAAGUCUCAUUCAAUGGCAUCGUCCAAGGCAGCAGAGCAGAAUCAGGUAUGUCUGUGUGGUCUUGUCCAGUUACUUACAUAAAUAGCACAUCUGUUUACUCGUACAAUAUGGUGUACAGUGCACAAUUUUGAGAUGGUCAAGUACUAUUCUGAGACUAUAUUGUACGAUUUGUAGAUGGCAAAGUAUUAUAAUAAUAGUAUAAUGUUGAUUUUUGGAGUUCCAGGUCUGAAAUAAGCACCCUGGUCCUAGAGGUUGACUUCUUAUUUCAUCUUGUUCAUCUUAUUUAAUAUUAAAUUUUUACACUGUGGCGUCUUACUUAGAUCAUCAUUGCCAAGUCUAGUAUACAAUGUAUGUCUCCGGGGACAACGUCAAAUCUUGUGGUUACAUGGAAGAAAGUGUUAUCCUUUAUUUAAAUAAGUUCAUAAGUCUUAAUUAUCUUCUUUCUUCUUCUUUAUUUCAAGGGCCCACGAUCAAUGACUUGAUCAUUCUGGCUCCUAUCUUUUCACAGCUGUCAUUCUAAUAGGUGCAAGUCCUUGUCUUUUCAGAGUAAGGCCCAAAAACUUGAGAGGGCGGUAGUAAGCUGUUUCCCGGAAACUGUAGAGUUUACACCGGGGCAAUUGAUUUCAAAUCAGGGCUCUCGUAAGAAUUCAAUGACUGAUGCCUCCGACUCCGCUCCAGAUCAAUCGGACGGCCUGACGCCGCUUGAAAUGGUGGUCGAACUGGGUUUGACCAACCCACUCGAAGCAAAGCAGCAGACCUGGACGGUUGUGCAGCAUCCAGCAAAGUGAGUUGAGAGUCUCCUCUUUAUCUUUUCAUUUGUUGUCAGGGAUGUAAUGUCCUCACAGACUCUGAUCAUUAAUCAUCAGGCAUAUUAAGGGCUAAACUAAUGUUUCGAAACACAUCUGUUUGUACUCACUCAUUUAAUACUAUUAUUUUGAUUAAUAAUUAAAAAAUGACAAUAAAUAUACAUUUUCUUAAUAUGCAGGAAUAAUUCAUGAAAUCUUGCAGAAUUACAUAUAUUUCUUACGGUUAUUGAACUUCAUUUAACUUAAAUCCACAUUCUUGCUUCAUUUUGUGCGGAUCGGCAACGUAAAGCUCGUGGACCGGCGACGGUUCUUGAACACGACUUUGGGAAACACAGAUCCUACCAUUAUAAAUAUUUAUUUUGUGCGGAAAAUUCAUCAAGACACUUCUUAGGAAUUCAGAACAGAUCUAAAUAUCAUAAAGUGGCAAAGAUUGCUGGUAUGCAAUUAAAAAAACAAUUUCUAAGUGUAUAUCACUGAUUGAAACCAAUAGUAACUACUGUUUGUGAUAUAGUUACAUAGUAACUUAUAGUUACAUAGUAACUACAGUUUAUGAUAUAGUUACAUAGUAACUACAGUUUAUGAUAUAGUUACAUAGUUACUAUAGUUUAUGAUAGUUACAUAGUAACUACAGUUUAUGAUAUAGUUACAUAGUAACUACAGUUUAUGAUAUAGUUACAUAGUAACUACAGUUUAUGAUAUAGUUACAUAGUAACUACAGUUUAUGAUAUAGUUACAUAGUUACUAUAGUUUAUGGUAUAGUUACAUAGUAACUACAUUUUAUGGUAUAGUUACAUAGUAACUACAGUUUAUGAUAUAGUUACAUAGUAACUACAGUUUAUGGUAUAGUUACAUAGUAACUACAGUUUAUGAUAUAGUUACAUAGUUACUAUAGUUUAUGAUAGUUACAUAGUAACUACAGUUUAUGAUAUAGUUACAUAGUAACUACAGUUUAUGAUAUAGUUACAUAGUAACUACAGUUUAUGAUAUAGUUACAUAGUAACUACAGUUUAUGAUAUAGUUACAUAGUUACUAUAGUUUAUGAUAUAGUUACAUAGUAACUACAUUUUAUGGUAUAGUUACAUAGUAACUACAGUUUAUGAUAUAGUUACAUAGUAACUACAGUUUAUGAUAUAGUUACAUAGUUACUAUAGUUUAUGAUAGUUACAUAGUAACUACAGUUUAUGAUAUAGUUACAUAGUAACUACAGUUUAUGAUAUAGUUACAUAGUAACUACAGUUUAUGAUAUCGUUACAUAGUAACUACAGUUUAUGAUAUAGUUACAUAGUAACUACAGUUUAUGAUAUAGUUACAUAGUUACUAUAGUUUAUGAUAUAGUUACAUAGUAUUUACAGUUUAUGAUAUAGUUACAUAGUUACUACAGUUUAUGAUAUAGUUACAUAGUAACUACAGUUUAUGAUAUACUUACAUAGUAACUACAGUUUAUGAUAUACUUACAUAGUAACUACAGUUUAUGAUAUAGUUACAUAGUAACUACAGUUUAUGAUAUAGUUACAUAGUUACUAUAGUUUAUGAUAGUUACAUAGUAACUACAAUUUAUGAUAUAGUUACAUAGUUACUACAGUUUAUGAUAUAGUUACAUAGUAACUACAGUUUAUGAUAUACUUACAUAGUAACUACAGUUUAUGAUAUAGUUACAUAGUAACUACAGUUUAUGAUAUAGUUACAUAGUAACUACAUUUUAUGGUAUAGUUACAUAGUAACUACAGUUUAUGAUAUAGUUACAUAGUAACUACAGUUUAUGGUAUAGUUACAUAGUAACUACAGUUUAUGAUAUAGUUACAUAGUUACUAUAGUUUAUGAUAGUUACAUAGUAACUACAGUUUAUGAUAUAGUUACAUAGUAACUACAGUUUAUGAUAUAGUUACAUAGUAACUACAGUUUAUGAUAUAGUUACAUAGUAACUACAGUUUAUGAUAUAGUUACAUAGUUACUAUAGUUUAUGAUAUAGUUACAUAGUAACUACAUUUUAUGGUAUAGUUACAUAGUAACUACAGUUUAUGAUAUAGUUACAUAGUUACUAUAGUUUAUGAUAGUUACAUAGUAACUACAGUUUAUGAUAUAGUUACAUAGUAACUACAGUUUAUGAUAUAGUUACAUAGUAACUACAGUUUAUGAUAUAGUUACAUAGUAACUACAGUUUAUGAUAUAGUUACAUAGUAACUACAGUUUAUAAUAUAGUUACAUAGUAACUACAGUUUAUGAUAUAGUUACAUAGUAACUACAGUUUAUGAUAUAGUUACAUAGUAACUACAGUUUAUGAUAUAGUUACAUAGUAACUACAGUUUAUUAUAGUUAUGAAUCACAUUUUUAAAAAAAAAAAGAGGAUUAUUUAAUUGGAUUAAAAAGAAUUUUGCAUACAAUUUUUGGUGGCUGUAGUUGUGUGUGUGCCUGCGUUUCAACUUCAGGUAGCUUAGCGUUAAAUGUUUUAUGGCAAGCAUGGAAAUGAGGGAUCCGCAACAAUUCACAGAUUUUCUAAACUCAUUCCACCCAUUAAAUUUACUUAACCAAACUGGUUACUCAUUUUAGUUUUUCCCUCCCCCCCCUCCCCCUUUUCCCGAUCAUGCUAAGUCUCCAUAGCCUUUACCAACUUUCUGAGACUAUGUGGUCUCUGCCAGUCAGAUGAAGACUUUUUUUGUCUUCUUACGCUCCAGAUCCUAUCCCAAGACUGCCCUUAGCGUUGGUUCACACUAUCAAAUUUUCCUUUAAACGUUUUAUGCAAUUCGUGUUUGAAGGCACUAUUUUGUGUGUGGAUUUAUGGACACAACAGAGAAUUUUAUUUUCAUCUUCAAGCAGUUGUAUGAUGCGAUAACCAAUCGAAGAUAAUUUUUUCGUUCACGGGACUUUACAGCUGAUUUCUCAAAAUGGCAGCAAUUCAAGCAAAGUGCGCUGCGAUUAAAAUUUUUGAAAACAAGUUAUGGUCAAGUUACUCACAACUUCAAAGGAUAAAUGCCAUUUAUGAUACUUAAAAACUUGGCUUUAUUUAAAGUUCACCACCAGAAGCCUGGCACUUAAGGAUUGCUCAGACGAUGGGCUCUGACUGCCCGAGAAUUUAAAUAAUGGUAAGCUUAACUCGUCAUAGAUAGUAAUGUAAUAGUAUAUCAUAGCAUAUAUAGCCAUAAUAACGUAUUACUCUUAGUAGGCUAUAGGCGCUAUUUAUAUAUUCAUAUAUAUUUUAUAUUAAUUAAAUAAUGCUAGGCCUAUAAAGUAAAAUCGUCAUAGUACUCAUAUUAAAAGUAGAUAUAGCAUAGUCAGAGGAACUUUCAGCAAUUUAUGAAACAUUCGACUCCCACUGAAUAGACCCACUAAAUAGUAGGCCUAAAUUAAAAUACUCAAUUGCCAUAUUACAUAUUAAAUAAAUUAUUAAUAUGCAUAUACUUAUGAAGAUAAAUAUAAUACUUGUACUACAAAUUGUGUAAGUAGCCUUUAUACUGUAUAAUUAUAAUAUUUAUAGCUAAGUAGGCCCUAUAAAUAUUUUAAAAUAUAAAAAACAUAAUAUCAUAAUAAGCCAUUAUCAUUAUGUAGGCCUGAUAUAUGUUGAGUCAUAAUAAAUUAGGAUAAGGAAUAAAGAAAAUACUAUUAGAAAUCAUAUAAACUAUUAUAUAGAAUAAUAAUAUAGGCCUACUUAAUAAAAUUAGUGAUUAGAUUAAUUAUGCUAUCUAUUACUUUUGAAUAUUAGAGUAGGCGUAGGGCCUAAAUUAUUUUAUUUAUAAUAUUAUAAUUAUAAUAUAGUAGCAAAUAGUAUAGUAAUAUAAUAUAAAAUAGAAAUGGUUAAUAAUUUUCAAAUAUUAUAUUAUAUAGCAUUAUAAUCCUAGGCAUAUCCAAAAAACACUAAACAGAAAUUUCAAACCAAUUUUUUUUAAAAUCCUUGGCAAUAAAUAUGAUAGGCCUACUAUUAUGAGUUGGAUAUUCUUAAUUAAAUGUAUUAAUAGUAAUACAGUUAUCACAAUAAUAGUAAUAGUCUGGUAUAGUAUAGAGAUAUUAAUAUACUAAUAAAUCUGCCCUUUUAUAAUUGAUAAUGACAAAAAUUAGAUAAUGACAGUAUACUUAUAUUAACAUUAAUAAAUAAUACAUCCAAAAAUAAUUUUUUACCAGCCUAAUAGUAAUAAUACAUCCAAACAUAUUUUUUCACCAGUCUAGUUCUAAUAAACUGUCAUUCAAAUUCACAAGCAUAAAAUGGGUUAUGUGUAGAAACUUAAUUCUUUUACUGGAACUACCAUCAUUCUUUUAAUCUUACAUAUUUUAAUAUAUUAUUAAUGUAUAUACAAAGAUACUUUAAAAUUAUAAGUAUUUUGACAUUUUUAGCCAGUUUCUUAAGUAAGAAACUGUUAAGAUCUUAAAUAUUAAUGAAACUUAUGUUAAUAUCACAAUAAAAUCUGAUUACCAUGUUUGUUCUCCAUUGAUACCAAUUUUAUUACCUUUUUAUAUAAUCACAAAAUAACCAAAAUGAAAGUAACUUUUUCUGCUAAAAAAUAUACAAAAUGUUAAGUAGAAAAAACAUGAUUGCAAUUUUAAUGAUGAAAUUUUGGCCUUACUUAUUAUUAUUAUAGUUGUUAAAAGGUUUUCCCUACUUUGGGUGUGACCACCCUAAAAUGGUGUGAAUGGGCAUUUUACCACCCUCCUUCUAUCAAACUAAAUUAAUACUAAUCCAUUAGGUACUUUUCCCAUUCCAAAUUUACACUCAGAAAAGGUAGCAACAAUUUUCAAUUUAACAUAGAAAAAAUAUGAUUAUAAUUUAUAACUGAAAACCGAAGAAACAAAUCUGGGAGGCUUUUGAUUAUUCAUACUCUUUCCACCAAAAGCUUGAACAAAUUAGAAAAUUCCAGAUUUCAAUUACUUUAUUGUCUGCAUUAUCGAUCAAGCAACAUAUAUGAGAUUCAUAAUAAAUGGGAAAUAUAAACAUAUACUCUUUAAAAUGAAUAGUUGUCUGAUCAUACCUCUUUAAUGUAUAUAUUUACAAAAACAUUUUUAUCAGCAAUGAAUAAAAUAUAUUCCUUUUUUGUUUCUUUCAGAAAUUAUUAAACUCAACAAUGACAAGCAUUCACAAUCCCAUAACUUGAAAUAAAAUAAAAUAACAGAAUCUUUAUAGUCAAAGAUGAUUGAGACAUCAUUCCUGUUUUAAAUUAUGGAACGACUACUACUAAUGGUAGUGCUUCUUGAUAAGUUCAUUCGGCACUGCUUAUUUUUAAUAAAAUUUUAAAACAUUUAUUUCUGAGUUUUUGUGAAAUCUGUGAUUGGAUUUAUAUGUUUUCAAUUAUUUUUAAAAAGAGAUUGCCAUUCCCUAAAAUAUUAUUCAUUAUAGUUUAGAGCAGAAUUUAAGUAAGAGUACCAGUAUGUAAAUUAUAAACGUAUAGAUAAUUGUACUCAAUUUAAUUUUUAAAAUCUAUUACAGAGUACUACGAAUGAGUAUACUAUUAAUUUUAAUGCAUGAUUUAGAAAUAAUUUCCCUUGUUAAAGGAAUGUUGACAAAAACCCCGUUACGAAGAUCGGAUAGAGCUGGAGAAGAUAUCUAGAGACUAAAAGACAUGGAAAGUAAUAGUUAAUUGGCCCAUGCUACACCGGCAGUUAUCAGACAGAGAAGAAAAUUAUUGCAAAUUCUCCUUUCUAACUAUCUUAAAACUUUUCAAACAGUACUUCAAAUUAACAUUUAAAUGAGUCAAAAAAUUAUAUUGAUAUUUUUUAAGAUUUACUUUUAAUUUUAUUUAUGAAUGUGGAGUAGAACUUGAAUGUACUUGUACAAUGUAACAGUAUCCUUCAGAAAUGUAAGCUAUUUACUGUGAUUCUAUCUCAAAUGAAGGGUGCCUAUUUAAAUCUGUAUUGUAUUUAAAGUCAAGUGCUUCUAUAUUCUAAAAAAGAAGAAAAAUAGUGGUCUAUAAUAUUACUCUAACAGAAUACUACUAAAAUUUUAUGUUUAUCUGUGGAAAUUAUUUAAAAAUGUAAUUAUUGACCUCAAGUAAAUAAGUAAAUCUAACGGUGAUAAAAAGGGACAUUCAUUUGCUAUGAUAUCAUUGUUGUUGAUUUAGGAAAAUUUAAUUUCUAUUUCUAAUUGUUAUUUGUAAUCAGAAAUUCAUAGUUCUGGACCAAUAUUUUCUUUGGCAGUAAAGUGAGCUGGUAAAAGUUCUCACUGAUCCGAGUUUCAGUUGUAAACAUUAAUAGAUACAAAAUAAAAAGACUAAAUAAAAGUAUAAUUAAUACGUUUAAAAAUUGAUUUAUGAAAAUUGAUGCCAUGUUAUUACUCUACAACUAUUUUAAUUAUAUUGCCCGAAACUUCUACCCUGUUAUCAGUUAUGUUACUGUCACAUCCAUUCCUAAUGCCUUGUUAGUUAUAUUUAGAUGGGUAAAUAACAAUAAACUAAUAAACGUUUAUUUAAACGCGCAACACCCCUUCAACUCAUUUUUAAUUUUGUCGGAGCUGACCUGGAGCUGAAAAAAUUUUGUAAAUUUGUCCUGAACGGAGUUUGUCAAAAAAGCGUGCUCCUAAACCGUUCAGGACUAAACCAUUCUUGUGAAUGUUAUUUUUUAAACUUUAUACUUUAUUAAUAUUAAUACAAUUUUAAAAAGUGCUAGUCGGCAUUCCAGAUAGUUGUGUGGCGUAGAAUUCCCAGAAUGAGUCACGCAGUUUAGACAGUAAUUGCUUUUUUUUUAAGUGCCAACAUAGAAAUUUAUAGAUAGUCGCAGAUUCGUAGAAGCCAGUAGUAGUAGUUUAGUAGUGAAGCCAGUAGUAGUAGUUUAGUAGUGAAGCCAGUAGUAGUAGUUUAAUAGUGAAGCCAGUAGUAGUAGUUUAAUAGUGAAGCCAGUAGUAGUAGUUUAAUAGUGAAGCCAGUAGUAGUAGAAGUUUAAUAGUGAAGCCAGUAGUAGUAGUUUAGUUGUGAAGCCAGUAGUAGUAGAAGUUUAAUAGUGAAGCCAGUAGUAGUAGUUUAGUUGUGAAGCCAGUAGUAGUAGUCUAGUAGUGAAGCCAGUAGUAGUAGUUUAUUAGUAAAGCCAGUAGUAGUAGUUUAGUAGUGAAGCCAGUAGUAGUAGUUUAGUAGUGAAGCCAGUAGUAGUAGUUUAGUAGUGAAGCCAGUAGUAGUAGUUUAGUAGUCAUAUGAUUUUGAUUAGUCUAGUCUAGUCCUACUGACAACGCUUAGUGCCACAGUUGCUGCGAAUAUGCUUUAUAAGUAAAACGCCUAUUUCAAAAAUAAAUUACAAUUAUAUCAUGCCCUACGCCCAAUUAUUUUCUAGUUUUUUCUAUUUUAUUUUUUUCUAAAUUAAGUAAUUCUUAUUUGGAAGCUGUUAUUGUUUCACAACUUAGCGUAGUCAAUGUAAACACAACUGAGCAUAGUCAAUGUAAACACAACCUAGAUUGACGAACUUCUUUUUAAUGUUUGUUCACGUGAUGUGGAGGUUGCUCAAUAACAAUAAAACUAAAAUAAAUUGCAUGUCAUCGAAAUUUGAUCAAAUGAUGAUUUGAAAGUUGUGACAAGGCUUCAAACACGGCUUCAUACACAGAUUGCAUCAAAUGUUUGAAGGAAAAUUUGAUAGUGUGAAACAACCCUUAUGUGGAAACUCAAUUGUAGCAGUCAGACUGAGGCUUUUAAAUCUCAUUUUAAAAAAAUUGAGGGUAAGACAAAACUCAUCCUUACCCACCACCCUUAAAAAACUCAUCCUUACCCACCACCCUUACAAAACUCAUCCUUACCCACCACUCUUAAAAAAACAUCCUUACCCACCACUCUUACAAAACUAAUCCUUACCUAACACCCUUACAAAACUCAUCCUUACCUACCACCCUUACAAAACUCAUCCUUACCUACCACCCUUACAAAACUCAUCCUUGCCUACCACCCUUAUAAAACUCAUCCUUUCCUACCACCCUUACAAAACUCAUCCUUGCUACCACCCUUACAAAACUCAUCCUUGCCUACCACCCUUACAAAUCUCAUCCUUGUCUACCCUGACACUAACAGGGUAUUCUGAUCUCCACUUAUUUUCUUGAGACAGGAUAAAAAUCUAUGUGACCUUAUGGUUCACAGUCGCUUUAGAGCUGACCCCUCUCAUGUUAAGACUGAACCAUUAUCAAGAAGCUGGGACCUUGACCAUCAAAGAGGGCUUCACAUGUGUUAGUCAAAAUGUGAUCGAUGUGUUUGCCAAAGAUGCCUUUUCUGUUAUAUAGCUGAGACGGGUAGAAGUCUAUCUGAUAGGUUCACUGAACAUCUUUGUGGUAUUGAACAAACGUGACUCCCCAGUCUCCAACUUUUCCCUAUUUGAGAUGUUCUCACACACAGGUUUUGAUCUUAAUUUAUAAUUAUCUGUUUUUUUUUCUUGUUUUGUCUUGGCUUGCUGAAGAAGGCAUCUUGUCAAAACGUCCCUUUAAUUGUCCUGUAUUUUCUUUUCAAGCGUAAACAUUUUUUCUUACCACUAUUGAUCUUAACAUAUCUUCUUACCACUAGAUUUAUUUGUUAAAAGUUUAACACUUCCAGUUAGCAAAUAAGAUGUAAAAAACUCUGAUUGCAGGAAAGAUCCAAAGGUACGUCUUUGGAACAAUCUGAAAGAUGUUGAUUCUAGUCAUGCCCUGGUUUACAGCUGGCCUGUGUCUCACUGCAGUAAAGAAGUCUACGGAACACUACACAUAGAUACUCAGAAUGUCGUAAGUAAAGGUCGACCACGGAAGAAAGGAUUCUGCUUUCAAUUAAACUCUCAAACUGAAUUGUAAGAGAAAAAUUUCUUGUAAAAAAAAAAAUUAAAAAAAAGUUUAUGCCAUCAAGAUAAGUUUUGAAAGUUUCAAUGUACCUGUUUCUGUCAAUGUACCUGUUUCUGUCAAUGUACCUGUUUCUGUCAAUGUACCUGUUUCUGUCAAUGUACCUGUUUCUGUCAAUGUACCUGUUUCUGUCAAUGUACCUGUUUCUGUCAAUGUACCUGUUUCUGUCAAUGUACCUGUUUCUGUCAAUGUACAUGUUUCUGUCAAUGUACCUGUUUCUGUCAAUGUACCUGUUUCUGUCAAUGUACCCCUGUUUCUGUCAAUGUACCUGUUUCUGUCAAUGUACCUGUUUCUGUCAAUGUACUAUUUCUAUAAAUGUACUUGUUUCUGUCAGUGUACCUGUUUCUGUCAGUGUACCUGUUUCUGUCAGUGAACCUGUUUCUGUCAAUGAACCUGUUUCUGUCAGUGUACCUGUUUCUGUCAGUGAACCUGUUUCUGUCCAUGAACCUGUUUCUGUCCAUGAACCUGUUUCUGUCAAUGAACCUGUUUCUGUCAAUGAACCUGUUUCUGUCAAUGAACCCGUUUCUGUCAAUGUACCCGUUUCUGUCAAUGUACCCGUUUCUGUCAAUGAACCCGUUUCUGUCAAUGUACCUGUUUCUGUCAAUGAACCUGUUUCUGUCAAUGAACCUGUUUCUGUCAAUGAACCUGUUUCUGUCAAUGAACCUGUUAAUAUCUUUGUACCUGUUUCUGUCAGUGUAACUGUUUCUGUCAGUGUAAUUGUCUCUGUCAGUGUAACUGUUUCUGUCAGUUUAACUGUUUCUGUUAGUUAACUGAUUCUGUCAGUGUAGCUGAUUUUCUUAAUGUACCUGUUUUUGUCAAUGUACCUUAUUCUGCCAUUGUAACCGUUUCUGUCAGUGUAGCUUUCUUUUGUGUGUUUAAUAUUAAAAUAUUUGGUCAUUCAACCUCUUGCCUCUUAACAGCUCUUCUCUCAGAAGAAACAAGCCGUUCCAUUCUUUGCCUCAGGACUGAUACUGGAGCCCAUCCGGGGCGGUGAGAACAAGGCUCUUAAGCACACCCAGUCACCAGCCGGACUUCUGGACUCUAACAGACAUGAGCAACAACAGACAGUGUCUACUGUACAGGUAACUAAAAAAUCAGUCACUUCUGUACAGCUAACUAAAAAUAUCAGACAUUAUCUUCUGUACAUUCUGUAAAGAUAACUAAAACUAUCAGACAGUAUCUACUGUACAGGUAACUAAAAAUAUCAGAGAGUAUCUACUGUACAGAUAACUAAAAAUAUCACACAGUAACUACUAUACAGGUAACAGAAAAAUAUCACACAGUAACUACUGUACAGGUAACUAAAAAUAUCAGACAGUAUUUACUAUAUAGGGAACUAAAAAUAUCAGACAGUAACAGCUGUACAGGUAACAGAAAAAUAAUUCAUAAGGAAUGUUGUCAGUGUUCCAAGCCAAGGCUCUUAUGGGCCCUUCGGGAAUCCCUAUACUUGCACCUUCCCCACCCCAAGGGGGAUGUGCCGCAAAGCUGCUGCCACCCCCUCACCCCCGAGAUGUCUAGCCCUAAUGGCCCACCACCUGGCCACCCCAGAAAUGCCAAAGUGGCAGCUUCUUUGUAAUUUUGACCUUAGAAUACAAGACAACAUUUAUAAUAAAACAAUUUUUUUUAGCUUUUCAAAAAAGUUUCAGUAAAUAUUUAUUCUUAUUAAAUCCUUUAUAUGAACUCAUUCCCGAUGGUUGCGACUUAAUGUGUCCUUGGGGGGUUUUUCCUGCGUCCAAAUGCGUUCCGGCGCAUAGCGACACACCUCUCUUAUUUUUAGUUAAAAAUAGCAAUGAAAUCUCGUGUCCCUCGAGACUUCCUGAUAUGGUGUGAUUUCUGCUGGAUUUUAAUUUAAAAACCGGAAGUUUUUAUCUCGUUUCACUUUAAAACUACAUGUGCUUUAGAACAGCACGUCUAUAUGUAGCAUGAGUUCGUCCGAGGUGCCAAAAAUCAACAUUUUGGCCAUUGUUAAUUAUUUUUUCGCCACUAAUGUUAUAUUUUUUUUUUAAACCUUAUUCAUUUUUUUAUGCAUUCGUCCUUAUUUCAUUAACAUUUAUUAUUAUUUAGCAGCUUAAAAAAUAUUUUAAAAAUGUAAAACAAUUUCAAAACUGAGUUGCUUCCCUUUUCUCAGGAAAAUAAAUUAAGUAGGAGUUGAGAAGUAGUACUCCCGGAGGGAAUGAGUUAUCUUCGCUUUUGUGUUGAGGGCAAAAUCUUCAGUUGGCUAAUUGACCCACUUCCUGUCAAUCUUUUGAGCUGAAACUUGGCACAUAGACUCCUUUGCCAAUUGCAGCACAUUCGGGCCCCCAAUAAUCAGUUUUUCCUGUUUUUCAAGGGGAACAUGAAGGAAACUGAUGACACUGAUUUCAUGAAGGAAAUAUGAUGACACCGAUUUCAUGAAGGAACUAUGAUGACACCGAUUUCAUGAAGGAAAUAUGAUGACACCGAUUUCAUGAAGGAAAUAUGAUGACACCGAUUUCAUGAAGGAAAUAUGAUGACACCGAUUUCAAGAAGGAAAUAUGAUGACACUGAUUUCAUGAAGGAAAUAUGAUGACAUUGAUUUCAUGAAGGAAAUAUGAUGACACCGAUUUCAUGAAGGAACUAUGAUGACACCGAUUUCAUGAAGGAACUAUGAUGACACCGAUUUCAUGAAGGAAAUAUGAUGACACCGAUUUCAUGAAGGAAAUAUGAUGACACCGAUUUCAAGAAGGAAAUAUGAUGACACUGAUUUCAUGAAGGAAAUAUGAUGACAUUGAUUUCAUGAAGGAAAUAUGAUGACACCGAUUUCAUGAAGGAAAUAUGAUGACAUUGGAAGGAAAUAUGAUGACAUUGAUUUCAUGAAGAAAAUAUGAUGACAUUGAUUUCAUGAAGGAAAUAUGAUGACAUUGAUUUCAUGAAGGAAAUAUGAUGACACUGAUUUCAUGAAGGAAAUAUGAUGACAUUGAUUUCAUGAAGGAAAUAUGAUGACAUUGAUUUCAUGAAGGAAAUAUGAUGACAUUGAUUUCAUGAAGGAAAUAUGAUGACACCGAUUUCAUGAAGGAAAUAUGAUGACAUUGAUUUCAUGAAGGAAAUAUGAUGACAUUGAUAUCACUAAAUAAAAUGCUCAAUAACUGUGCCGCACUGACUAGUUCAAUGCUGUGUAUUUUUUUGUAUUUUUAUGCCUGAAAUUGUUUUUUGAUAUUAACGUACUAAAUAACUUUACUGUAACUCUCUACACGCGCAAGUCAGGUUUUUCACAUUUUACAAGAGACCCUUAAAACUAAAAGCUUUAGACACCAAUUUUUUUAAUAUGUGACAGAAAAUUUACUUUUUACUUUUUACUAAAGCAAUUUAGAAAAUAUAUAAUUUUAAAAGUUUUUUUUUUUAUACAGGACAUGGGGAAGUCCCGACCUGUAGUAAAAUUGAAACUAUUGGACUUAUGCUUUGCUACAUUUUUGUAGGUGUGGAAAAUAACUGGGCUCUUCUUGAUAAAUAACUUGAUUUUUGUUCAAACUUGAUUUCUUCUCCUCAGGAUAUCCCACCGGUAGAUUUUGACUGGAGUAGCAGCGGUUUGACCAAUCCACUUACAGGUAUUUUUCUUUCAGUGUAUCUCCAUGUACCAUUUACCAGGGGAAAGUCUUAUAAACCCUUGCCUGCUUCUUUUGUGUUAUGUAGCAAGGUUUAGGGAGGUCUGGUACAUUGACUCACAUCUAUUUACUCAUUGCAUUUAAUCAGGGUAUUUACUUACUUCAUCAAAUCACAAAGGUAUAUUUGGUAGUGCACAUUCAUUUGAACUGUCACGUGACAGUGAUAUAAAUUAUUAAGCAAGGCAAUGGUGGUUUCUUCUUGUACGUGACAUACGGCCCCGGUUGUAGUUUAGCCAACACCCCUUAAUGUUAUGGCUGUGAGGAAACUAACAAAUUGAUGUCGCUAGACAUGUCAGGACUGCAAUGGACAUUUAGAGCAGAUGUCACAUUUGUUGGCAUAAUAUUUGAUUGUUUUAGAGCAGUGGGUGGGUCUAAGACUGGUUCAGAGCGGGUCAGGCUACCAUGGGUGGGUCUAAGAUUUGUUCAGAGCGGGUCAGGCUACCAUGGGUGGGUCUAAGAUUGGUUCAGAGCGGAUCAGGCUACCAUGGGUGGGUCUAAGAUUUCUUCAGAGCGGGUCAGGCUGCCAUGGGUGGGUCUAAGAUUUCUUCAGAGCGGGUCAGGCUGCCAUGGGUGGGUCUAAGAUUUGUUCAGAGCGGGUCAGGCUGCCAUGUCACAUUAGGGGCCCUGCCUCAUCCCCUUUAAAAUAAAAAAAGGGGCCGCUAGUUUACUCUAGAGUGUCACCGUGAUAUUUUACCCUGAAAAGAAAAGCCCCUUUAGUGUUGAAACUAUUUGACUGUCUUAAGUUUGUAUUCCAUUGUGUAAAUAACAAUAUACAAUAAUAAAAGCCUGGAGAUAUCUGCUUAUCCCAUGUUCCCAGAUUUAAAAUGAUUAAUUUACCCAAAAACCACAUUAUGUGAUAUCCACCGUUGCUUCUGAUAUAUUCAUUUCACUGCUUUCUAUGUUGUUACCACAUAAAUCAUCUCUUUUGAGCAAAAAGGAAACAUUUCUGCUGUUUUCAGAAAUUUUUUCUUUUAUUAAAAAAAAAUUAUCCUGGUAUCAAUGAUACCAACGAAUUCAACGAAUCGUAUAGAUAUAAACGUAAGGUCAAUGAAUUAGUACAGAUUCAAUAAGUAUUCUGUGCUACAGAUCACUGGUCAUGGACACCAAAAACCUUCUUGCUCAGGUUUAAAGGGCUUGGUCACUCCAAGUAGUUGUAGCAGCUCCUUUUUAACUUAAAACCUUGUUGACAUCUCAUCACAAUGCUUUGGAUGAUCCAUAGAUCCAUAUAAUCUCUGCACCUACUGUACAAGCUUUUGCCAUUACAAGCUUAAAUAGAGCUGGUUUUAAGUUUUGUCGCUUUUGUAAUAUUUUUAAGGCAAUUUUUUUUUCUUUACGGAUUAUUUAAAAAAAAAAAAAAAAAUUCUUCAAUUCUUUGAAUUUCUUACAAGUGACGGGGAGUUGGCUGAAGUUUGCUUUAUAUAUAUAUUCUUCUCUUCUCUAGCUUUGAUUCACAGGACAUGUGAGAAGACAUCGUAGUUGUCAGCACCGGCUCAUUGUUUUUCUUGUCUUAUUUUAACGCUCUUUAAUGUACAUAUGCUGUAUCUUUCCAACUAAAAUUUUGUGUUAUGUUUAUUCUAUUUCUCUAACCCCACCCCCCCCCCCUCCCAAACCGCCACCACCAACCACCUCAUGCUAUCUUCAUUAAACAAUUUUCAUAUUUACCGGAAGUCAAUCGUUUUUUUUCUUUUUCCUGUUCAUUUCUUCUCUUCUCUAGCUUUGAUUCACAGGACAUGUGAGAAGACAUCGUAGUUGUCAGCUCCGGCUCAUUGUUUUUUUUGUCUUAUUUUAACGCUCUUUAAUGUACAUAUGCUGUAUCUUUCCAACUAAAAUUUUGUGUUAUGUUUAUUCUAUUUCUCUAACCCCCCCCCCCCCCCCCUCCCAAACCGCCACCACCAACCACCUCAUGCUAUCUUCAUUAAACAAUUUUCAUAUUUACCGGAAGUCAAUCGUUUUUUUUCUUUUUCCUGUUCAUGUCAGCGUCUAAGAUUGAACUAUAGGAAGUCUCAUUCCCAUCAUGUUUUCUGACUUUAGCGGCACACUGACCUAUUCUGUAAGCGGCACACUGAUGUAUUGUGUUUUUUCAUUUUAACCAUGAAUAAAAUUAUUACUAAAACACUAUGAAAUAUUGUGCUGACUCCAUUUUGAAGUUCAAGUUUGAGUGGUGACCCCAUGGUGACCCACUACCAAAUCUUUCUAUUUUUUGUAGGUCUAUUUUAAAUCUUCAUCACUUUAUUUGAUCAAAGAAUACAGCAAACAAGUUCAAAUGAUUUUUUCUGACUGUACAACCCAACUCCCCUGGGGUGAUUGUCUCUCCCUGUACAACCCAACUCCCCUGGGGUGAUUGUCUCUCCCUGUACAACCCAACUCCCCUGGGGUGAUUGUUUCUGACUGUACAACCCAACUCCCCUGGGGUGAUUGUCUCUCUCUGUACAACCCAACUCCUCUGGGGUGAUUGUCUCUCUCUGUACAACCCAACUCCUCUGGGGUGAUUGUUUCUGACUGUACAAACCAACUCCCCAGGGGUGAUUGUUUCUGACUGUACAACCCAACUCCACCGGGUUGAUUGUUUCUGACUGUACAACCCAACUACCUAGGGAAAAGAGGCUGUACUUCCUCUGGAGGAAUGUCAUGCAUAACUGACCAUCUACCAGCAUAAUAAUCAGCCAGAGAGCUGCAUAAAUGUUUUCUACAUUUUAACAUGUUUGCUGAUGUUCCAUGAAAUUUUAUUAAUUUUUUUGCUCUGUACUUCCUGAAUUCAAACUGUAUAACUUUAUUUCUACAAUUUUUUAAUAUUUUUGUUUGCACUUCAUGUCUCAUUUGAACACUGCUGGAAAUAAGUGUGGCACCCCCCCUCUGACUGCAAAACAUCCCCUGGACUCAUUGCUAUUGUGUGGAUAAUCCUGGAUUUCCUUUCCAAUGAGGUCCUUGCAAUGACUGCAAUAAUCUGGUGUAGUUAAUGAGACAUCACAAAGUUUUUGUCAUGACUCUUGACACACUGUCGUGACAGUAGCAGCUCUCUCAGUAAUUCUACACACCCUAGAGAUGCUAGCAGUUCGCUCAGUAAUUUUACACAACCAUGUGACAAUAGCAUUUCUCUCAGUAAUUCUACACACCCUAGUGACGCUAGCAGUUCUCUGUUAUACUACACACCCUUGUGACAAUAACAUUACUCUCAGUAAUUCUACACACCCUAGUGAUGCUAGCAGUUCUCUGUUAUACUACACACCCUUGUGACAAUAACAUUACUCUCUGUAAUUUUACGCAACCACUUGACAGUAGCAGUUCUCUCAGAGCCUCUACACAUCCAAGGGAACAAUGCAGUCCUCUCAGUAAUUCUCUUAGUCUUAGUGACUCUGACCCAGCAAGACAACAGCCCAUCUCCAAAAUAUUUAUCCUAGUGAUUCUCAGACACUCAUGGAUCUAUCCAAUCUCUCUUACCAACCUCCUGAGACCCGACACAUCAAGCGAUACAUGUAGUUUCCUUCUGUCAGUGACUGACACACGUCCCAGUGUAUUUAAUUGUCAUGUGGCUCCUCCAGUGACUGUCACUACUCACUCAAAGACCUUGUUGUAAGUUCAUUGCUUAGACUUAGCCUGUUUUCUUCUUCUCUCCACUUUGUCACCAGCGAACACGCUAGACUUAGAUUUUCUUGUCGUUCAGGGAAGCGACUCUUAUGAAAAGGCGUCAGGUGAGUUGUCCCCCUUGAUUAUUGUAAAGAACGACCCGUGUGAUGUCACUAAAUUGUAAAUGUAGCAUCUUUGUCCUAGUCCUAGGGAGCAUAGAUUAACAUUUUCAAACUUUUUUUUUUUAUUACAAAGAAAUAUUAAAUGAAUAAGCCUAAACAUUAUUCACCCAUUACUCAAGUUUGGUGUUCUAAAUUAAAUCAAAAUUAAAUUUUAAUUUUCUUUAUGUGAAUCAAAUUAUGUUUUCCCCGUUACAAUUUGAAUUUGUGUUUCACAGCAGUUGAAGUUUGCCCUUAUUCUUUAAAUUUUGAAUUUUCCUUUUUUUAAAAAAAAAAAAAAAGAAACCUAUCUUGUCAUUUUCAACACAAAAAAAAUGAUUACAUAUAUGUAUAAAAAUGAAAUUGAAAGUCUUGCACAAUUUUUUUGAGAUUUAAACAGAAAGUGUUUCUGUGCUGUUCUAAGUAGUUUAAAAAAACAAAAAAACAAAAAAAAAAAAAAAAGGUGAAACUUAGUACAUGUGCUCUCUUGAUAUAAUUUUUAUGAAAAUUUAGGUAAUUAACUUAUGAGAUAAUCAGAUAAAUUUGUUUCUUGUUUUUAUUUUGAUCUUCCGAUAGCAGAAGAUUCGAGAAUUUAGUUUUCAUUUUAAAAUCCUGGUGGCAACACCUUAAAUGACACAGGAUCAAACUGAAUUUGAAAUUUUGAGAAGCAUUGUCCAAAACUUUUGUUAAAUGAACUAGACUAGUUUUCCUCACACUUUUUAAAGUUAGACUUAAGUUUAAAAACAAAAAUCUUAAAGCCAUUUUUGUGUCAAACUAAUGCAUAAUUUAUGCCAAUUUUCAAAUAAUAACAAAGAAUUUAAAAAAAAUUGAUAUAAACUUGGAUAAGUCAAUUGGUAAACUAAAUUGGAUAAGUAAAAUGGAUAACUAAAUCUUAUUAAUUGUAAAUUUGUUGGUAUUGUUAAAUAAGUUUUAAGUCAUUCAUAAUAAAUUAAAUGAAUGCAGUCUCAGCAUGAAAUUAACUGUUUAUAAAAAAAUGAGACUAAAAGAAAUGAAACAUUUAUAUGUUUUUGUAUUGACAAGAACCUUUACCAUGUGAAUAGUGUCCAUUUAAAAAAAAAAAAGCAUUUGAUCUUGUAUUUAUUGACUUUGAUUUGAAAUCAUUGCGUAUCUAUCAACAAUGUAUCUGUGCUUUUGUAUUAGUGCAAAUUUUAGUGCUUUUCUUGACAUUGAACAAUUGACUAACCAGCAUUUUGAUAUCACUUUUGUCCUCUUUCAUGCUAACACACUCACAGAUGAGUGGGAUUGGGGUAAGACCUGUUACGUUGCAUCUCACUCAGAUUGGAACAUUUUUUUCUGUUGGAUUGAGGAUGUCCUUUUUUUUUCUUCUCUGAAACUGAUUUGUUUUAUUUUCUUACUUUUUAAACUCUUUGAUUAAUUAAAAAAAUUCCUUGGUGAAGCGGUUAAAACAUUUUAAAUAGCUUGUUGAAAACUGAAAAUUAUGUUUGACUCCUUUUAAGGUUGUGGUGUGUUGGGUUAAGUUUAUGGAACGCGGAAACAAGACCCAACCAUUUCUUUGCUAAAAUUUAUGUUCCUUGUAAAUUAAAAAAAAAUAUCAAUAUACUUAUAUGGCGGGAGACUGGUGGCCUUGCACACUUUGAAUUGAUUUAGUUGGUCCCAACAGUUACACUUAAGAAGACGACACACCCCCCCCCCCUUAAAAAACCCAACCUUUUGAUUGCUUUCCUUGACUGUCCAAGUUUCAGGCAAUGACAUAUUUAUUAGUAAUACUUUUUUUUUUAUCUUUCUAUUUUUCUUAUCUUUUCGUAUGUGAAGGCACACAAAUAAAAUGAAAGAAAAAAAAUUCUAGUCGCAAGAAUAGACCUUUCCAGUGGCUUUGUUGUUGAUGAAUUGACUUGCUGUUUUAUUGUUCUUGGCAUGUAUGAUGACACUGUUCUAAGGCUGAACACCCUCCUGUCCUGUUUGCUUAAUAUGGCAAUAACAAUUUUCUUUUCAAUUAUAAAUUAUUAUUCUUAUUUGGAUGUUCUUAUGUUUUUUUAUGUCCAUUUCCUUCCAUCUUUUAAACUGUGCAGUGUCGUAUCUCAUUGUUGUACAUCAGUGUUGUAUCUCAGUGUUGUAUCUCAUUGUUGUACAUCAGUGUCAUAUCUCAGUGUUGUACAUCAGUGUAGUAUCUCAUUGUUGUACAUCAGUGUCGUAUCUCAUUGUUGUAUGUCAGUGUUGACUGUCCCCGUGAACAUGAAAGCUAACUGAACUGUUUGGGUUUUUGAAGAAAGAUUCUAUACACAUCCAUUAAAACUGGCAAUAAUCCCAACAAUUAUGUUCAUGUAUUUAGGGGUCAAUUUUUAGGCUCUGAUGUUUAGAAAAUCUUUGGGUUCCUUAGUAUAACAAUAUAUUACUAGAGACACACCACAUUGUGACUGUAGAUUCUGGAGCCAAAUACAGAAUAGUAAUCCAAUAGAAAAUGUGGCAUUUACAAAAUGACCAGUAAAUAACAAAAUAAACAUUCUGAUAUUUACACAGUAAUUAUUUAAAGGCUUAACAUGCUGAUAUUUACACAGUAAUUACUUCAAGGCUUAAUGGGGUGACAAAAAUCAGUAGCAUGCAGCUAUGUUAAGACACAGAUAAAAAUUAAAAUUUAUAAGUUCAUUUUAAGUACAGUACAGCCAACGAUUUGGUGCAUCCCCGAGCCAUAAGCAUAUUAAAAAUGAUUGUUAUGAUUUGUUAUGACAUUCAAGCUAUUUAUUUCAACAGCUACUUAGGACUAGAUCUGACUCACAAAUUUGGCUACUGUAGUUUAAGACUGUAGGUGUACAACAGUCAGGAAUCUUGACAUGGAACUGUCAGCCAUCUUUUCAUUGUCCCGGCUUCACUUUUCUGCUCUCUGUUGAAUGUCUUUUGCACUUUGAGCUUCUUCCUUUGGUGUCACUCGAGUGAAACGAUUCCUGUCUCACUGCCAAUAAUGCAUGAUAUACAAAAUAAAACUAGAUCUUAAUGCAUUUCAUUGUUUAGCAACUUUAGCUCUAUAUAAUUAUAAGGGUGUUGGACUGCGAUAAAGCUUUCAAGUAAAUUAAUUAGACACAAACAAUUUGUGUAAAUAAAAAAAUACACGUUCAGCUUUAAUGAUGAAUAUACAGAAUACAAAUGUAUACAAAGGUUUUCGGCAAUGGCCUUCAUCAGUUCAAAAAACAAAAAAAUUUCAAGCACCUAUAAAUUAAAUUUACAUAAUAUUAAUAAAUUUUUUUAUCCUAACUAAAAACGUGAGAAAAGAAUAAGAGUGGGCGCAAUUCCCUGACAAAAACAUCCCUGAGAGACUUGGGCCCAUUCUUAUUCCUUUCUCUCAUUUAUUUUUAGGUAGGAUACAUGUAUAUAUAUAUUGUAAAUUAAAUUUGAUACUUGUAUGAAUGUUUUUUGUGUUUUUUUUUGUACUGAUGAAACAUUGACCUUUGUAUUCUGUAUGAUCAUUAUUAAAGCUGAACGGAUAUUGUUUUAUUUACACAAAUUAUUUGUGUCUAAUUAAUCUGUGGCUAUACAACAGUACCUCCCUUGUUUGCUCCAGUUUAUAAAACGUAACCAAUGUGCAAUGGUGUAGUCUUUAAUAUUAAACAGUUUUAAAGUGAACACAUCUUGUUUAGAAACAAUAUUCAUUUGUACCGAUAAAAUUAUUCAUGUUAAUUUAUUGUUUCGUAUCAUUUGUUCUGUUUCAGUUUUUAAGGCCGACUGUCAGGAGUCCACCCGCUCCUCUCUGCAGCCGCUGGAAGAUAUCCUGAAGAAAAGUACGCCUACUGCAAAGCUGGCGACUCAUGAAGUCCUGUCUCCUGAAGCCUUGCGCAUAUUGGAAAAGAUGCCGGAUUUGAGUUUUAUGCAGUCCAGGGUGCUGAUGUUUCCAGUCAAACAAUGAGUUCACCUACUUACAACACAACAGUUGACAUCACACAGAGACCAUAAUAAAAGUUUAUUAGAGAUUGCAUCAGACUGAGAUUUCAUUAGACUGAGAUUGAAUAAGACUAAGAUUGCAUGACUGAGAUUGCGUCAGACUGCCAUAAUGGAAUCUUAGCAGACGUCCAUGUUAAAAACAUAAUUUGUAAUGUUCAGAUGUGACAUAUUAACUUUUUUUAAAAGGCAGCCGACCAGGAUUAAAUGCUCAUUGAUGAGUUGAACACAACCAAACCCCAGCUUAUCGCAAGAAUCAUCUACAUCCUCAGCCAGCCUCUAACUAGUUAUUUUACAAUUUGCUUCUUUGAAAGGAAAACAAAACAUGUCUAAGCUAUGUGUUUCCCUCACCUCUGCGUCAUUACAUCAUUUCAGGUCAUGUUUCUGCACAUCUGAUGGAGAAAAACAAACAAGUUCAUCGUAGGUCUUGCCUUGUCUCCUUCUUGACACGAGGACUGUCACUUUGAUUUAACCUACGUCAUGUCUUUAAUUUAUUUGGGUCUGUUUAAGCUGUGGUCUUUCGUUUUGAUCACGGACAGCUCUCAAUUUAAUAACAGGUUACAUUCCAUUCUGUAUAUACGAUGUGAUCCUUUAUGUAAGAGUUAAUUUUUACAUGCAAUCCCUGUAUUAAAUCUCCAGUUGUUGCGUUUUAUUAUUUAUUAUGUUACCUUACCGACGUAAAUAAAGCGCAAAAUAUUAAGAGACGCAAGAUUCUGUAAAUGGUUCAUUAAGAAAUUUCAUCUGAUAAUAAUAAAAUUGUAAUGUUCUCCAUAGAAGCAUCACUAUUUGAUUAUUUUUUUAGAAGACAAAAUUGUAAUGUUCUCCAUAGAAGCAUCACUAUUUGAUUAUAUUUUUAGAAGACAAAAAUGUAAUGUUCUCCAUAGAGAAUUUUUGUAAAUUGAAUGUUACUAAAUUGAGAACUGCCGGUAUUUGGUUUUAGUUUGACCAUUCCAUGCAAGAUUUACAUCUGCUUUUGUCAGGUUCAUUGCAUUUGUGUUGGCCAGGUGUUUUUGGAGAGUAUUUUUUUUUUAAUGCACAAUAUGAUUUACCAUUUUGGUGUAGAUUUUUAAAUAUAUCAUUAAACUGAUGUGGGUGUUUCAAAAAGAUGAUUGUUUAACUUUCUACCACAAUGUAUAAAAUGAUGGAGUCUUGUUAAAAUAUAUUUAAAAAGAGACAAAUGCAAUUAGUGACACAGUCAAGGGAAAAGAAAAUUGGGAGAACACCCCCCCCCCCUGAAAUUUAUUGUGGAGAACCCUUUUUUUUCCCCCCCAUAUAGGAGGAAUAGUUAUCACGUAUUGUAUUUGUGUUUGCCUAAAAAUGUUGGUAGGAGGAAUAGUUAUCACGUAUUGUAUUUGUGUUUGCCUAAAAAUGUUGGUUACGGUGUCUGCAGUGUCGACCAAAUUAUGUUUUAUUUCUAGUUUGUAGAUUACGUAAGGAUUUUUUUAUAUUAUUGCUGUUUUUGUUUUUUUUAAAAUCUCAAAUGGUUUUCAAGUUGUUUGUGAUCCUUUUCCCUUCUAUCUAGGAGAGUAUAACAAUGGGAUACAGACUAAAGAUUGUAAAAAAUCUGACCAGUUGAUCUUGUGUGUAUUGUUUAAGAAGCAUUUCUGUUUCACAGUUGUUUGUUCAUGUUUUCACAAUUUUGAUUUCCUGUCCAAUAUUUUCAGUGGUCUUUCAUUAUCUAAUCUAAGGCUCUGAGUUUUUAAAGAACUAGAAAACAAGGAAACUAAAAAGUAGAAUUGUUUCUCUUUAAAACAGCAAUAGCAAGAACUAACCAAUGGUUACACCAUUUCAUGAAUAUAUUCAUUCUUAACUACCACCUUAUAUAUUUUUUUAUGAAUUUUCAUUUUUAUAGAAG